AUAGUACUCAGUGACUUUUUAAAAUUAUUUUGGGUGGGAUUGUUAUUUAAGCGAUAUUCAUCACAGUGCUUAGUAAUUGAGACUGAGACACUAUUAGUGUGCAUGACUGCUCAAGUUUGUCCUUGGUGGCUGUCCUGUAUAGAAUGUAGGUUCCUUUUAAGGUCUGAGUUCCCUGGGUUUCUCCUUUCUUGACAUGUAAAAUGAAUUUACUCUGGACACCCUCCCUAUGCUCAUUGUAUCCUUGGGGGUAGAAGAAAUUGAAAGUUGUAGUCAGAAGUACGUACACUGCCCGUAUCUUACUGGUAUUCAUGCCCACCACUGGCCCUGUCAUGCACAAUACUAGUUUUUGCAUUGCUCUUAAGUUGCAGUGGUGGUAGUUGUUUUUCAGCUUUUAAGGUAACACUUCUACUUAAUCUUUCAUUUGCUAGUGUCAAGUUCAAGGUGUUUUUAUUCCAAAUCGGUCCUAUUAAGCCACCCAUAGUCUAUUUAGCAUAUGUGUGUUGUCCAGGGUACAGGUUAACACACGCCAGUCUGUCCAGUUUAGUCAUCCUGCAGAAGCUUACUACCGAAGGAGCCCUUUAUAGCCAGGAACUGGUUGAUAACAUUUAGUCUGAGUUUGAGGGAUCGCAAGCACGACAGCCACCAAUGACACCCGUUACCAUAAGAACUGGUAUGUUUGAUUGACAAGCAAACAAAUUUAUUCGCAGUUUUGGAAACCUAUCUUGAGACUUCCUACCAUUAAAUGUUUACUUAAGUUAUCUGCUGUGAUUUUUGAAUAGUGUAAAUUUAAAAACAUUUGUUGUAUUUAGAAAAUCUCUGUAAUCUACUAUGUUACUCAGGAUUUUUCUCAAUUUUUGUUUUGAAAAUGAAUGUUGAACUAUUAAAGGUAAAGAUUUAACAAAGAACCUCAAUGUUUUAAUUGAAAGAGUCCUUUGCUGACUGCCUGCCCCUAUUGCUGGCCUGGCCAUGGUGUCCCCUUUCCAACCAAGAGUGUGGUUUGACCAUUCUGGGCCCCUGGGCAGACCAAAAAAGGGAGCCAUUGUGAAUGAAGACCGCUUUUCCCAUUAGGCCCGGUCCGGGUGGUGAGGAUACCAUUGGGUUAGGAACAGAUGUGGGUGGAGCUCUUAUAGGCGUGGGCGGGUAUGGGCGUGGCGGCAGAGACCGGUACGGUCCGCCAGCCAGGACAGACUAUCGGCUGAUUGUUGAGAACCUGUCCAGCCGCUGCAGCUGGCAGGACCUAAAGGACUACAUGAGGCAGGCGGGUGAGGUGACCUACGCCGACACCAACAAGGGCCGCAGAAACGAGGGGGUGAUCGAGUUCAGGCUGUACUCCGAUAUGAAGCGGGCCCUGGAGAAGCUGGACGGGACCGAGGUGAACGGCAGGAAGAUCCGGCUCAUCGAGGACCGGCCGGGGGCCAAGCGCAGCAAGCGAUCGUACUCCCGCAGUCGCAGCCGCUCCAGGUCGCGCUCCAGGAGCCGUCGGUCACGCAAGAGUCGCAGUCGCAGUGAGAGCAGCAGCCGCUCUCGCUCUCGCUCCAGGGGAGCUGCCUCCCGCUCCCGCAGUCGCUCCCGUGGCAAGAAAGAGAAGGCCAAGGGUCGCAAAGAGGAGGAGCGCACCAACGGAGCCCACAAGGCCAAGGAGGGGAGGAGCCGGAGCAGGAGCCGGAGUCGGAGCAAAAAGAGCAGUAAGAAAGAAGGGAAGAGGAGCAGGAAGGAGGACUCCCGCUCCAGGUCCCGUUCCCGCUCCAGGUCAGGGGUCAAGGAUCGUACCAGGAAGAAGUCUGGGUCCAAGAGCCGCGAGCCGGCGAAGAGCGACGACGAGGCACCCCCCGCUGAACGGGUGGCCUCCCGUUCGCGUUCCCGCUCACCCACCCCUGCCGAAUCCCGACCGAAGUCCAAGUCCAAAUCUCCGUCUCCCUCCGAGGCCAAGGCUCGGUCUCGCUCCCCCCGCGCCGAGGCCAAGGCUCGGUCUCGCUCCCCCCGCGCCGAGGCCAAAGCUCGGUCUCGCUCCCCGCGCGCCGAGGCCAAGGCUCGGUCUCGCUCCCCGCGCUCUGAGUCCCGCUCCAAAUCUCGCUCCGCGUCUCGUUCUCGCUCCCGCUCUCGAUCGCAGUCCUGAGUUGGGGUGCCAAAAUCACCCAUUGUUACCUUGCCCCCCCCCCCCCCCCCCACCUCGGUUCUGUUUUUUAUAAAUAGUUGUAGAGAAACACAGGCACUCACGCUCUACGUGUCUUUCACCCAUUUGCUCGCCCCUUUUAUUUUUAUUUCUUUUUUAAAUAUAGUGUGGUCCAGUCUGUAUUUUUCCCCAGUAGUGUUGUCUUCUAAUCGAGGUGUUUGUAAAAUAUGAAAAAUGUAUUCGCUUGGAUAGGUUUUUAUAGGUUGAAAUGACAAGUGUAAAAGUGCUGUAGUGUCUAAAACUUUGUAUCACAUACAUCAGCGUUCUGUGCUUUAACUGUCUUUCGGGGGGGGGGGGGUUAUUUUAUUCUGUUGCGUCUCUUUCAAUUUGUGGAAAAAUCCUUUUACCGGUUACUUAAAAAAUAAUAAAAAAUUAAAGCCCCA